CACCACGACACUUAACGAGCUAGCCAUAUCCUUCACGAAUCAGAGUGGAGUGCAGCCGAGUACACUUUGCCCCGCAGAAUAUCUCAGAUUAUGAAAGAGGAAUUUCACUACUUAAUGAAAUAAAAAUCCGUCUUCACUAUAUAUCCACCUACAACAAUUUGAAAAGUGUAGAGUAUUUCCGGGAGAUCCCAUAAUAACUGUUGCUUCCAACCCUCUACAUUUGCAUAUUUAUUCAUUUGAACAGUUCGCUUGAAGGCUAUUCUAAACAUUGUCACAACUUCAUUCUCUUAUAAAGCAGGUUCGUUUUUCAGAGAAUUUGAUACAUUUUUGUCAUAUUUGUCACUAAACACGUUACACCAUGGACCAACUCGAAGAGAAGUACAACCGUGGAUUUCGCCAUAUUGAGGAUUUCGAGGAAGCCUUCAGAGUGGUCAGGGUUGAAGAAGAUCGCUACGUAGGCGCCCAUCGCUUGGAAUUACCUAUGAUAGGAGCCAGAGGUGUCUAUGGUGGGCACACGGCUGCUCAGUCGCUCUUGGUGGGUAUUCGAUGCGUUCGGGAUGAUCCUUCCAGAGCGGACUUUCUUCCGGAGCUGUUUCAUAUGUACUUUAUUGCUGCGGGGGAUCCGAGGGUUCCUAUGAGCUACGAGGUUGCAAAGCUAUACGACGACGAGAACAUGUCGAAACGGUCUAUUAAGGUUAUUCAGAAAGGUAGAGUGAGAAGCAAUGUGCUUGUCACCAUGGUAAAGCCUGGAUACAAGACGCAGAAGGCAGUAGAUAUCGCCAUGCCUGUGCCUCCGCUCCAGCUCAAAUACCCGGAUCCAAACAAAUUGUACCAGGUUCACCACACCGGAUAUGUGAGAAAUGCCUAUAGCGACGAAUUUGUAGACUACUCAUUGUGUCCCGAGGAAGAUGCGUUGUAUCCAGCAGAAAGGUGGAUUACGAAAAUCAUGAGACCUCACAACCAGCAAUCUUUCAAAGACCCUACGAAUAACUACGUAGCUCUAGCAGAUCUUUCCGACUCAGCUUUGUUAACCACAAUGGCCAGAGUCUUACACUUGCCUUGGAAUCCUACAGAGGACCAUCCUUUUGAAGAGAUUGACCACUCCAAGAAUGCUAUGUCGAUCAUGCCAAUUACGCUUAAUGCCCUUCAUUUAUUCCACUACAACGCCAUGUCUCUCGACCACCAUAUCUACUUCCACAACGAUAACAUCGGCGAAGACAUCAAGUCGUACGACGCGGUCAAGGAUUGGCUUUGUUUAACCUACCAGAUGACUAGACACCGUAACAGCAGAACUCUUGUGCGCGGUUUCAUGUACAACAAGAAACACCAAUGUGUGGCUACCAUUAUCCAGGAGGGAUUGACCAUCAUGCACGAUAGUGUCCCGGAGAAGGUAAAGUUGUGA